AAUUCAUUCUUCUACGUACCACAGGAUCAUUACUGGAAAAGGGUGGUAUCAAAUCUGAACAGAAGGCAAAACUGGGUCUACACCGUAUUUCACCGCUAUGCGUGCCUUGUCAUAUGCUUGAUUGGUAUCAUCUCAAACGCCGUCCACAUUUUGGUGUUGUCACGACCACGAAUGCGACGGUGUGCGGUGAACUGCGUGCUCACUGCUGUCGCCUUCUGCGAUGUGGUCACAAUGACGUCCUAUACGGUCUACCUCUUCCGAUUCCGGAUUUACCAGGGUGAAUACGGCUAUUCCUACUCAUGGAUGCUUUUUCUGAAGAUUCAUGUAGUUGUCAGUAUUGCUCUUCAUGCUAUAACUCUCUACAUGGGAGCUGCGCUGGCUUUCAUUCGAUGGCAAGCGCUUGGAAAUAUUCACAGCCGUUGGCUUCAACCCAGGUCUGCAUGGAAACUCUUCGGAAUUGUGACGGCUUCGAUCUCGAUGAUGUGCGUACCGACUGUGAUGCUGCAUGAGAUCUAUGAGAUUACAAAUGAACAAGCGUCUUCAACGCCAUCCUACACGUUAGACUUCUCGAACUACUCAUGUGGUUUCUAUAAGUUCAAUCUAUGGAUGUUGGCGGUAGCAAUGAAGGCAAUACCUUGUGCAUUGCUGUUAUGGUUCACGGUGGCUUUGGUGAUGAAACUUCGUAAAACUGACGAAAAACGUAAUUAUCUGUAUUCAAAAAGCUUUCGAAAGCACAUCAAGAAAACUACCGUGCCCGAUCGGACCACCUACAUGCUGAUCAUCAUGCUCGUGGUUUUUCUUGUUACCGAACUACCACAGGGAUUCCUUGCUUUGCUCAAUGGCGUUUACACCACUGACGUCAACAAUUACAUCUACCAGCAUGUUGGGGAGUUGUUCGAUCUGUUGUCGUUAGUGAACUGCAGUGUCGACUUCGUGCUGUACUGCUUCAUGAGCUCACGCUACCGACAAACAUUUGGUCAUAUUUUGAUCCGGGUGGAAAGUUGGUUACGUAACCAAAGCAGCGGUUGUAAAUAUUCAAAGGAAUUCUCUAAAACCCCACCACCUACGAUUGUCUAG